CAUGUCUGGCAUGUCCGAGGAACUAAUGUGUGCAUUAGCAUAAUCUUCACGACUUGAAUGCGUAAUAAAUAAGCCACUUGAAGUAUUAUUACAUACAAACUCAAGGACGCAGUGCAUCUAAUCACGUGAGCUGGUCUGUGGGUUUUUAAAUGCGGCCCAUCCAUCUGUCAUUAUAAAUAACCCCAGGACAUCUACCCUGCUCUCUCGCCUGCUGACUAUCAGAUUCAGAUUUGAACUUCGGGAACUACGAGUCCUCAACGUUUUGCGCCUCGUACAGGAGACAGCAACGAUUCAAGCUUAAAGUCAUUGACCUCAAAGCUGACCUCCUUAAAGGUGACCAUGAUUACGUGUCGCCUGUUCUUGUGGUUUGUUGUGUACACGGUUCUGCAAUCUGACCACAUCAUACAGGGAAAGCGGGUAGUUCUCAUGCCAAUGCCCACGCCCAGUCACACAAAGUACAUGACCCACGUGGCACAGGCUCUGGCUCAGCAAGGUCACGAGGUGUGGCUGACCAUGCCCGACUAUCUUGUUAAAAGAAGCUUUCUGGACACGACCAACUUCACCAUCAUUGAGCUGACAGCUUUCCCAAACUACGAAGAAAUUUUGAUGGAAGGCCUCGCUGAGAGGUAUUUCAACUAUCAAACAGAAGACCUACUGGUGUUUUGCAGAGCAGGGAGAGAGUUCUGUGACCGUAUCCUCAAGAAUAAACAUAUUUUCGAGCAGAUUAAAACAUUAAGACCGGACUUCUUCGUUCUCGACAAUUUGGCUUUUGUGAAAAUGUUGGCGAUAAUACCUUAUCGACUUGGUGUGCCGUUUGCCUAUCUUGGAUCGAGUUAUGAUGUAACCACACAAAGAAUACCCAUAGUACCUUGCAACAUUCCGCAUGUAAUGACUGGCUUUAACCAUCACACCACCUUUUAUCAGCGUAUUGUCAAUUUUGUACUUCAUCUUUAUCCUUCGCUGAUAGAUCAGUGUGUCUACCAAGAUGCAGUCAGUCGCUAUGCACCAGAAAUGCCUUAUCUCCCAAUAGACAUACUCAUAGCCCGAGCAGAUAUCUGGUUGGUUGAGACAGACCAUAUUCUAGACUACCCAAAGCCCACGAUGCCUAACGUCAAACUAAUUGGAGGAACAGCUACAGGUCCUGGUAAACCGUUGCCACCACAGUUCAAAGACUUUAUGGAUGAGGCCCAAGAAGGUGUUGUGAUUGUUACUUUUGGCAGCCAAGUUCUCAAUCUUCCAAAAUCAAUCACACAAAAGAUAUUGAAUGUGUUAACGGAUUUACCUUUUAAAUCCAUUUUCCGUGCAAAUGUUUCGUCACCAAACUCACAGAAGAUACUAACGUCGUCAUGGAUACCUCAGAACGACCUGCUGGCUCACCCCAACACUCGUGUGUUUGUCAGUCAUUGUGGUAAGAACGGUCAGUACGAGGCUCUGUACCACGCCGUGCCUGUGGUCGCCACGCCGCUCUUCGCUGACCAGUUCUACAACGCUGAGCGCAUGCGCGUGAGGGGGUUCUCAGAGACUGUCGACAUCAACACCGUCAGUACAGACGAGCUGCGCACCACCAGUCAAGUGGCGACCAACAAGAGCUACAAGCAGGCCAUCACAAAAGCCUCCGAACUAUUCAAAAUAGAGUUCGGUGUUCCUGUGGAGAAAGCGGCCUACUGGCUUGAUCACGUGAUGAAACAUGGCGGCGAUCACCUGCGUUCCUCGGGAAAUGACCUUCCUUUCUAUCAGUUUGCCUGCUGGGACGUGCACGGCUUUCUUCUAGCGUGUGUAGUACUGACAUUACUGACAGUCGCAUGUUCCGUGUGUGUAGUAUGCCGGUAUAUCCGCACGAAAUCAAAAAGGAAAAGGGAAUAGUAAGAAUAAAGGCGAAAAGGAUUGCAUUUUACAAAUUUAUUUCGGCGAUGUCAAACAAAUAUAAUCAUAUGCAUAUUUUUUUCUUCUUGCUUCUCGAUGGAAAUAACAUUUAUCGGGUAAUGAAUUCAAUCCAUUCCCACAAAAGAACACAUAAACAGCUUUUUAAUUAGAAAAUGUAAACUUGUAAACUAUUAGAGGCAUUAGUAUGUAUUUCUUAUGUUCACUUUUCUUCUCUUUUUAAAAAUAAAUUUUUUCUAUUUAUUUGGAUUUAUUUUGUAUUUCUGUUUCGUUUAUCUUAUAUGCCUUGAUGAUUUUUACCAUUUUCAGUACUCGAAGCUUUUAAACUAAGGUGUUUAAAUUGAAAAGUAGGUUUAUAUUUAUCUGUUUCUUUUAAUUAUUAUCCUGUUCGAAAAUUGCCAUCCAGUACAGUUUAAAGGUUUUUUUAUUAAACGUUUCAUAACAGUAAUUUUUGAUAUAAUUAUUUAAACUAGAUGUGCGAAGAAGAAAUUUUAUAACUAUUUAAUUUAUUAAAACUGGUUAUUCUUCUUUGCGAUGUAAUAUUCUGCUUAUAUUUUAUUCAAGUCAGGGGUUGUUACCUUUAGAGCUAUGUUCUUUAGAUUGUUUUGCUACUGUCAUUUUGUUGUCAAAUCAUACUGCUAGUUAAAUAUCAGCAGUUUAACGAAAAACAUACCAGGGACUCCGUUGAUUAAUAUUUUACAGCUUAUUAAAAUGAACAUUAUUU